GGCGUAGAAGAAGAAUCUCACACGUGUUUCCAACAUGUCCGCGUAGUGUGUUUUGUUCAUUGCGAAAACAGUUUAAUUCCGUUUCUUUUUAUUAAUUUACGCAGCGAAGUUAUCAACCCCUCAGUGUUAAGGAGAACAAAGUGACAGGAUGGCUCAGAGGAAGAAGAAAUUUAAGAAGAAGAGACACGCUAACAGGGACCCGCUGUCGGACUCUGACACCGGAGACUUCGAGCUAGCAGCGGAAAUUAAGGAUGAUGAGUCUCCGUGGAAGAAGCUGUCACGGUUUCCUGCAGCAUCGGACUGCCUGUCAGACGUGGAGCCUGACACCAGGCAGAUGGUCAGAGCUCAAAACAAGAAGAAAAAGAAGUCUGGAGGAUUUCAAUCGAUGGGUCUUAGCUACCCUGUUUUUAAGGGUGUCAUGAAGAAGGGCUACAAAGUCCCCACGCCUAUUCAAAGAAAGACUGUUCCUGUGAUCCUGGAUGGAAAAGAUGUUGUAGCCAUGGCUCGCACAGGCAGCGGUAAGACCGCUGCUUUCCUCGUGCCCAUGUUUGAGAAACUGAAAGCCCCUCAAGCCCAGACAGGAGCCAGAGCCCUCAUCCUGACCCCCACCAGAGAGUUGGCCCUACAGACCAUGAAGUUCACAAAGGAGUUGGGAAAAUACACAGGCCUGAAGACUGCUUUGAUUCUUGGUGGAGACAGAAUGGAAGAUCAGUUUGCUGCUCUUCAUGAAAACCCUGACAUAAUUAUUGGCACCCCGGGUCGUCUCAUGCACGUCAUCAAGGACAUGAAUCUGAAGCUGCACAGCGUAGAAUAUGUGGUGUUUGAUGAGGCCGACAGGUUGUUUGAAAUGGGUUUUGCCGAGCAGCUUCAGGAAAUCAUCCAGAGACUUCCAGACACCAGACAGACUCUGCUCUUCUCUGCUACUCUUCCCAAACUGUUGGUGGAUUUCGCCAGAGCUGGGCUGACUGAACCUGUGCUGAUUCGCUUGGACGUUGAUUCAAAACUCAGUGACCAGAUUAAGCUCUCGUUCUUUCACCUUCGUGUGGACGAUAAACCGGCGCUGCUGCUUCACCUGCUGAGGAACGUGGUGAAGCCUCAGGAGCAGACGGUGGUCUUUGCUGCCACUAAACACCACGUAGAGUACCUUAAGGAGCUGCUGUCUUCAGAAAACAUAGAGUGCGCCUACAUCUACAGCGCCCUCGAUCACACCGCCAGAAAGAUCAACAUUGGGAAAUUUGUGCACCGGAAAGCCAUGGUGCUUCUCGUGACUGACGUCGCCGCUCGUGGUAUCGACAUCCCCCUGCUGGACAAUGUUAUUAACUACAACUUUCCCUCCAAGGCAAAACUCUUUUUACACAGAGUUGGCCGUGUGGGGCGAGCGGGUCGCAGCGGUACGGCGUACAGUAUGAUUUGUUCUGAUGAGAUGCCUUAUGUUUAUGAUCUCCACCUCUUCCUUGGAAGGCCCGUUCAGUUUGCCACAGCUAACACACAAGAUUCAGACGGUGUGUUUGGUAGAGUUCCUCAAAGCAUCUUGGAUGAUGAAGGUUCUCAUCUGAUUGUGUCUCACGAAAACUCCCUGGACCUGCAGAAUCUGCAUCGGGUCUCAGAAAACGCUUACAAACAGUUCCUCAAGUCCAGACCGAAUCCCUCCGCAGAGUCCAUCAGACGGGUGAAAAACACAGAUAUGUCCAGCAUGGCGGUCCAUCCGUUACUCGGUUCCGGUUUGGAGAAAAUGGAACUGGACCGCCUUGAAAUGGUUGACGCUAUAAAGGGCUACAAGUCCAAAUCAACUAUUUUUGAAAUCAACUCUAGCAGCAAAACACCUGCAAGUGAGGUGAUGCGGACCAAACGCUCAAAGGACAUGCUGUUGGUGGACAAGUUCAGCAAGAGAAGAGAGGAGCUGUCUGCAGAGAGCAGGCUGCAGCGCUCCGCCGGCUCCACCGUCGCUGCUGACCAUGAGAUGACGGGCGAGGAGGACGUGGAUCUGAAGGGGGUGUUCUCACAUGUAGUAGGUGUUAAGAGAAGAAACCCAACAGAAGAUGGAGAGGAACAUUCAAAGAACAAGAAAAGCAGACAAACGGGCAAAGAUCAAGAGUAUUUUAUCCCGUACAGACCGAAGGACUUUGACUCGGAGAGAGGCUUGGGUCUUGGUAGAGACGGCGGUACGUUUGAACAGCAGGCUUCCUCAGCCGUCCUCGACCUGAUGGGAGACGAGAGCAACCAGUUAAACCAGCACAAAGCACUAAUGAAAUGGGACCGCAAGAGGAAGCGUUUUGUAAGAGAAUCAGGAAAGGAGGACAAGAAAAGGAUGAAAACUGAGAGCGGGCAGAUCGUUAGUAACAAGAACAAGAAGAACUUUUAUGAGGAGUGGAAGAAGAAAUACAAAGUUGAUGAUGAUGGAUCUGGAUCAGAUGGAGAAACAGGAGGAGGAAGGAGGAAGUCAACGCGAGGUCGUGGUCGCCGAGCCCCAAACCCUCACAGUCCUGCAGGACCACAGGUGACACCCGGCGGCCGCAGAGUACAGUCUGAGCUUAAAUCGAAGGCGCAGAUCUUGAAGCAGCGCAAACUGAAGCAAAAGCAACAAUUCAAGCAGAAAGGAGGGAUGAAGAAAAUCCGCUCGAAGAACAAACAGUGGGUCGGAGAGGUGAAGAGGUCGGGCUUCGGACGCGGCGGCCAAAAGAAGGGGAAGAUGAGGAAGAAGCUGUGAGGUCGCAGAAGAAAGACUUGCAGACGGUUGAUGAUGUGCAGUGAAGCAUGGAGUUUCUUGAAGGAGACAUCAUUUCUUGCUUCUGAACUUUAUUUAAACUGCGUUCUUUAAAUCUGCUGAAAGUCAAAACUGAGCUUUUGUGUCCUGAACCGAUAAUUGAAUACAGAUCUAAAGGAA